AUGAAGCCACUGCUGGCGCCUCUGCUCCUCUGCUGCUCCCUCCUCUGCCUGGCGCCCGCGGCCGCCCCGCGCCGCCUGCUGCACGGCCACGGCCACCCGCCUCCGUACGCGCGCAACGCGACGGCGUACGUCGCCUCGGCGGCGCUGUGCCCGGGCUGCGAAGCGUGGGCGGACGCGCUGGAGUUCCUCUACUACCACAACCUGGUGCGGCUGGCGUCGCUGGAGCCGCCGCUGGCGUGGUCCCCGCGCCUGGCGUCGUACGCGCGCUGGUGGGCGGCGCAGCGCCGCGGGGACUGCGCGCUGCGCCACUCCUUCCCCGACGGCCAGUUUGCGCUCGGGGAGAACGUCUUCUGGGGCGGGCCCGGCGGCGCGUGGCGGCCCCGGGACGCCAUCGCCGACUGGGCCGCCGAGGGCGCCGACUACUCGUACGCCGACAACGCGUGCGCGCCCGGCAGGGAGUGCGGGCACUACACCCAGAUCGUGUGGCGACGCACCACCGCCGUGGGGUGCGCCCGGGUGGCGUGCGACGGCGGCGGGGUGUUCAUCACCUGCAACUACUACCCGCCCGGCAACGUCGUCGGCGAGAGGCCGUACUAG